UAGAACUUAAAGAGUUAGAUCUUCAAUUCAAACAAGCAGCUCGGAAAUGAGUUCAAAUUCAAACUCCCCAUUUCCAAAUGCAGAACCUCCCACCAAUUUAACCCUCGUUACCCCCAAAUCCGAGCCAGUAGAUGAAAAUCCGCCGCAAUUCCAACCCCCGGCGGCCUCCCCGCCGCCCUCUGCCGACGUGUACUCCGAAUUCAACCGCAUUUCGGAGCUCUUCCGCAGGGCUUUCAACCAGACCGAAGGAGCCGCCUCCGCACUACCCGACUCCCACCCGGAUUCGCGCGCGAUAGUCCUCGUACCCGACCCGCAAACGCAGGCCUCCGACGUCGUCGUCGUUCCCGAGGCUCCCGGCGGCAGCAAAAAGUACCCCACGCGCUCCUCCGAGCUCGUCCGCGUGACUGAUCUGAAGCCAAACGACCAGAGCUACUUCCGCGACCUAAUCCGCCGGGCAAGGAUGCUGUUUGACUCGCUGAGCGUGUUCGCCGUGUCGGAGGAGGAGAAGAACUUCGAUCCCACGGUUAAUAAUCGGAAGCCGCGCGGCGACCUGAAGGCGUCGGCGCUGAUGCGGCAGAGCGGUUUGUGGAUGAAUCGCGAUAAGAGGGUUGUUGGGGAUAUACCUGGCAUUUCAAUUGGGGAUGUUUUCUUUUUCAGGAUGGAAAUGUGCGUUGUUGGAUUGCACGGUCAGCCGCAGGCGGGGAUUGAUUAUGUUCCGGCGGCUCAUAGCUCGAAUGGGGAGCCGAUUGCAACGAGCGUGAUCGUAUCGGGAGGAUACGAGGAUGAUGAGGAUUCAGGGGAUGUGUUGGUUUACACUGGCCACGGUGGGCAGGAUAAGAAUCUUCAUAAGCAGGUGGUGCAUCAGAAGCUGGAAUCGGGGAAUUUGGCGAUGGAGAGGAGCAUGAAUUAUGGUAUUGAGGUUAGGGUUAUUCGUGGUUUUAGAUAUGGAGGUAGUGCUAGUGGUAAGGUUUAUGUUUACGAUGGAUUGUAUAGGAUAGUCGAUACCUGGUUCGAUGUGGGGAAGGCGGGGUUUGGAGUGUUUAAAUUUAAGCUAGUUCGGAUUGAGAAUCAACCGGAUAUGGGGAGUGUUGUGAUGAAGUUUGCCGAGAGUUUGAGGACUCGGCCGUUGGAGGUUCGGCCGCAAGGCUAUGUGACUCUUGAUUUGUCUAAGAAGAAGGAGAAUUUUCCUGUGUAUUUCUACAAUGAUGUUGAUGGUGAUCAUAGUCCUGUUUAUUUUGAGUAUCUUGUCACAACUGUUUUCCCUCCUUAUGUUUACAGUGUAGGAGGUAGUGGUGGGUGUGAGUGUGUUGAUGGAUGUCGAUAUGGCUGUUUCUGUGCGAUGAAAAACGGGGGUGAGAUUGCGUAUAACUCACACGGGAUUCUUUUGAGGGGGAAGCCUUUGAUUUUUGAGUGUGGGCCGCAUUGUCGCUGCCCUCCCACUUGUCGGAAUCGUGUCAGCCAAAAGGGCGUGAGGAACCGGCUUGAGGUGUUUAGGUCUCGGGAGACUGGAUGGGGAGUGAGGUCGCUAGACUUGAUCCAAGCUGGAUCGUUCAUUUGUGAGUACACUGGAGUUGUUCUUACCCAUGAGCAGGCGCGGUUGUUCACAAUGAAUGGUGAUUGUUUAGUUUAUCCGGGACGGUUUGGUCACAGGUGGAAAGAAUGGGGUGACUUGUCUCAAAUCUUCUCAGACUAUGUUUGCCCCUCGUAUCCAUCGGGCCCUCCUUUGGAUUUUGCUAUGGAUGUGUCGAGGAUGAGGAAUGUAGCUUGCUACAUGAGCAACAGUUCAAGUCCAAAUGUUUUCGUGCAGCAUGUGCUGUAUGAUCAUAACAACGUGUCGUUUCCUCAUCUGAUGCUGUUUGCUAUGGAGAAUAUACCUCCGAUGAGGGAACUGAGUCUGGAUUAUGGAGUGGCCGAUGAAUGGAAUGGAAAGCUCGCUAUAUGUCACUAGUGCAGCUUAAUCCCAAAGGUGCUGAUCAGCUUUUUUGUGACCUAGAUUUCCAAGCCACGACAACAAGUUAAUCCGUUGAAUUCGCUUUUGUAUCAGUAGUGCAGCUGAUAGCGAAGACAGUAGGAGCCGGGAGGCCUGAAGCAAGCAGAAGAUCAUCAUUCUAUGAAUCUUGUGAUGUUUUGAAUCUAUGUUUAUGUUUUUGUGUUUGUGUUUAUGUUUAUGUUUAUGUAUGUCUGUAUGUAUUAGAGUCCAGACUGAUUCAACUUGUAUAUAAUGUGCCUGGGGCUGGUUUUCCCUGUUUUUA